AGAUAAUAUCAAAUUGAUAUUCUGUGGUGUUAUUUUUAACCUCAAUAAAAAGGUAAACACAGUUUCUUCAAAUAUUUAAUAUUUAUAUAUGUUCCUCCGAAUAAAAAAUACACUUAAUUUAUGAGUUUUGAUUUUUUUUGGAAAUAUUUGUGUUUAUGAAUGGUGCGGAAAUAGACUGCAGAGACCUGACUGCUGAGAGAGAUAGGUUGUUUCUGGUCUAGUUAAACUUCAAGAUCAGUUGUGCAUCGAGUUCAAAUUCAAAUGAACAUGUCAAGACAAAAAAAUAAUGAACUACAUCCGAAUCAAGCACCAGAUUGCUUGAAACAAAUUGAACAAGAAAAGCCGACUGAAACAAAUUCCGAUUUUUUAAAUUUAAUUCAAGGUGAAGAGAUUGAUGAAAAUUGCAUUCACAUAAUAAAGCGAAGAUUAGUUCGAAUUCAAUAUCCCGGUAUUGUUCAAAAUUUGGAUAAAGCCCUGGAAACCUUAGGUAGUAUAAAAGGAAUUGAAAAAGCUAUCACGACCAAUCGACUUGAACUCAAUUUCCAUCCUGCGAAUAAAUAUAAUAAGGGCGUAGUAGCAGAUAAUAAUUCAAACAAUGGGUUAUUAGUCAAAGUGAAGAAACAUCAAAGAAGUGAUGGGGAGUCGUUUUGGAGUUAUGAAAUUGUGGGUGCUACAGUUAAAAAUUUUUUCUUCGGCAAAUUUAUGGACUUUCAAUAUCUUCCAUUAGUGGCAGAAUAUCCUGAAAAACAAAACUCGAAGGUCAACUAUAUUUACAACUCAAUUCUUCCUGAUAAAAUACCUGACUUCGAAUCUCUUUUUGAAAAUGAGAAAAGCUCAAUGCCAUUAUUUCUUCCCCCAGUUGGAUUUGCACGAUCUGAUAUUCAGAAGAAGAUUAAUCCAGUUGCCAAACAGUCAAAUAAUGAAAAUGUAGAUGUAGAAGUUCCUCGUAUGAAAAGAGAAAAGAAACUAUUCGCAUUUGCUAGACCUAAACAGCCAUCUAUAUUUCAUAAAUUUCAUGAAACAGAAAUACCUGAAAAACCUACAGAAUUCAUUUCACAACUUGUGAGUAGGAGAAAUUAUCAUGAUCAUCUCUUGACAUUAGAAAACCUAUUCAAAGAAAGACCUAUUUGGACCAAAAAUGGUAUAUUAUAUAAAACACAUUUUUCUGCAGAUAUUCUCAAAGUUCUUUUACCUGCUGUAGCAUAUUAUGAACUAUCAGGACCCUGGAGGUGUACAUGGAUACGGUUUGGCUAUGAUCCUCGAAAAGAUCCCGAGUCUAAGAAAUAUCAAAACUUAGAUUAUAGAAUUCCUUAUUCAGUUAGAUCAAAUAUAAAAAUAGGAUCUAAAAGAGUUCAAGCAGCAAAAAUUUUACCUACUAGUUUGGAUAAAUUAGAAAAAAGCGAAUUGAAAUCAAGAAAGCUUGUUCACAGUGAAAAUACUUUCAUAUUAAGACCAAAUAUUCUUCCUACUGCUCGCCAAGUGUUUUAUCAAUAUUGUGAUAUUUUACUCCCCGAAAUUGAAGCCAUGCUUGCUAGGCUACCCCCCAUAACAGCUGAUGUUCAAUGUGAUCCAAAAAAUGGAUGGUUCCCAUCUAGUUUUGUAGAUCAGUGUCGAGAAAUUGUUAAUAGAUACAUUGAUAGACAAGCUGGUAAUGUUCUUCGAAAACAGAGAGAAUCAUUGCCUGUUAAUCCUCUUGAAGAAUUAUUCAAUACAACACAAAAAUGUUUAGAUCAAAAGGUUCUUCCUGACACUAAAGUUGAAAAUGAAGCUGGACCUUCAACAUGUGAUGAGAAUUUUGAUGCUUUGACUAUUUAUGACUCUGAUAGUGAUGAAAGUACAGGUUGUGAAAAAUUUUAUCAAGAAAAUGAUCUUUACGAUUUGGUUGAUGAAUUAGAUGAUACCUUGACAUACAGUGAUGAUCAGUUGAUCACAGAAUUGAAUGCAAUUACCAAAAUGUGAAUAAAGGAGGGGAGAAUUUUA